AUGUCUCGUGUACUUAGCGCUAAUUUCCGCGUAUAUGGACGCGUGCAAGGUGUUUUCUUUCGGAAGUUUACCAAGGAAGAGGCAGAUAGACUUGGAAUUAAGGGAUUUGUGAAGAAUGAUGACGAUGGAACCGUCGUUGGACAGUGUCAGACUCGAAGCGCGGAUGACAUGGAUGCAUUUCGUCAUUUCCUGGAAAAAGUCGGAUCACCUAAGUCGGAGAUUCGUUCAUGUGACUUUUCCCUUACUGAAAAGGACGGUGAUUUAGAUUACACAUCAUUCGAUAUAAUUAGAUAG